AUGGGGCUGCAGGGAAAGGAUAGACGUGGCGGUGGUCGCGGUGGUGGUGGUCGCGGUCAAGGACAGUCUCGCGACGUACAAGUCUCCAAAGCUCUGAGCUUGCUUUUGCGCCAUGCCGCCGAAAAAGAAGGGGUGAAGAUGAACGCCCAAGGCUACGCGAAUGUAGCAGACGUGCUGGCCUGGCGAAAGCUCAAGUCCAUCAAAGCCACCUUUGACGAAAUCAAGCACGCCGUCGAGUCGUCCGACAAGAAGCGCUUCGCCCUCCUCCACAUUCCCUCCGCACAACCGACCGGGUCUACGACAAAGGCUACGUUAACACCAACGACCGUCCCCGGGUCCGAGGAACAACCGGACGGAGAGGUCGCAGCGGACGGCGACCAGCCAGCUACGUCGGUGCUCGAGGCGCCGUCCAGCAAUGAAGACCAAGCAAAUGCGACACAGGCAGCUCUGGCUUCGACAGAUUCCGAGCCGUCAAAUUACAUGAUCCGAGCGACACAGGGCCACACCAUUCAGAGUGUGGAUGCGGCAACUUUCCUGGAACCACUCACGCUUGACGACGAGUCGAAGCUCCCCCAGACCGUUGUCCACGGCACGUUCCACGGCGCAUGGCCUCUGAUUCUACAGUCCGGUGGACUGCGAGCGAUGGGUCGACACCACGUACAUUUUGCGACGGGCCCUUCGCUCGAAUCUACGCUAGCCACCGCGGGCACGACAUCCCAAGAAAAAGGAAAGGAACCCAAGCAGGAGAACCAGGUCAUCUCCGGUAUGCGGCGGGAUGCUCAAAUUCUAAUUUACCUGGAUAUCAAAAAGGCAUUGGCGGCUGGGUGUCCAUUCUGGCGCAGCGAGAAUGGGGUUAUUCUCAGUGAAGGAUUGCCCGUGCCGAAUGGCAAGACUGAUGCAGAUGGGAAUCCCGAGAAGAUUGUUUCGAUAGACUUUUUUGAGUUUGUAAUUGAGCGCAAGCUUGGUCUUGGUCAGAUUUGGCCGAAGGGGGACGGGGUGAAGGAGCUUCCGGAAAGUGCGAUUAAGAAGGGGACGCCUAAGAAUCGGCGGUGA